AUGAAGAAGUUUUUCACGAAUGCGCUGCUCUCGGUAGCAUUGUCGUUAAGUACCUGCAAGGGAAUAUGCGAUCGACAACUAUUGCCCGAACUCUCCUUCACCAUUGCCGGCCAUAAUCUUGAUUGGCCCUGUCAAAGCACAAAGAAUAUCUACGAGUCAAUGGGACGCUACGUGCCACGUAACAUUAUUGCAACGCGCGUCCAAAUCUACAAAGACGAAGCACUCGUCGCAAUGCCUCGCUACAAGUCCGGUGUGCCCUUCACACUGGGUAUCACUUCCCUCAAGAGCAAAGAUUUUGGCUCGCGCAUCAAACCCUUCCCUUGCUGGCCGAUGCAAGAAGAGGGCAACUGCGAAGCACUUCAGAACGCCGUCGACCUCUUCCUCGACACCCAAGACAUUCUGUGGGUCCUUGAUAUCGGUAUCGUGAAUACCCUGGAACAGCCAAUCCGGCGGUGCCCACCCAAGGUCAUCGCCAUCAAUAUCAAAACGGCCAAGGUUGUGAAAAUGAUCGACCUGAGCCAAUUGAUAAGUAGCGAUUCGAGGAUACAAUAUCUCGUGGUGGACUAUGCUCAUGACGGCCAAGUACUUCUCUAUAUAUCGGAUGCGGCUACGCGCGCCAUUAUCGUGUAUAAUGUGAAUCGUGGCAGUGGUUACCGUCUUAUGCUUCCCAAAAUGGUGACUAUCGGUUGCGCACGCAACGACGUCCUCUAUUUGGCCCUCGUUAGAAAGGGCUCUGGUACCUCCGUACUCUAUUUCACUUAUCUCGGCUCCACCAAACUCUUCAGCAUCGACGCGGAUAAUCUAAGGAAAAGCAAGACCACCGGCUCCAUCGUUGACGUGGGAUUGAAAAAUAACAAAAUCGUCGUUCUCGGCACCGAUAAUGGCUGUGCCAUUUUCUUCAGACUUAAAGGACAAUCGGACAUAUUCAUGUGGAAUACAGAGGCAAUAUUCAGAGCUGAGAACUUCCUUCUUGUUCAAAAAGGUAGUGAGUGCAGACUACCGACCCAAGUCAUACCGGGCUAUAAAAAACUUAUGUGGGUGAUCGAAAGUAACUUCCAUGACUACAUCCAGAAUACAGUGGGUUGCUCGGGCGCCUCUGUCCUUCUUCACCCACUUGUCAAGUCCUACGACGAUUAAAGCGCUCAUAAGUCAAGCCUUUUAACUCAAAACCUCUUCUCUAAAACAAUGGAUUGCUGUAUUUAUAUUAAUUAUCUCUUCACCUUCGCACAAUGUAAUUUUUUUUUUUAUAUUUAUCCAUCUGUAAAUCUCUUCUCUUGUGAAUGCAAGAUCUAUGCUAUGAUGCGAGUAUUCGUCACCAUAUUCUAGUCACAAAGAUGGCUGUACCUUUCAUCGGCAAUAUUUUUCUAUUUAUGGGAUAUUAAUGUUUUGGUAAAGAAAAUGAUAAAUUAUUUAAAUUUUAUUCAAGAGCAUUCUCGUAUAUUUCCUAUAUAUAGAUGUUCAUCUUAAAAUUCAACAAUCGCGCACUCGAUGACUGUCGAUACGAGCGUUUGUUAAAGGGAGAGUUGGAUAGAAAAUAAAAGGUAAAGAGAAUUUAACAUAGAUUAUCUCUCUUGCAAAAUAUAAUUAACAACUAACCAAU